AUGGCGAAGAAUAUCACGGUAGAAGACCUGCCCAAGCUACUUGAGAAUGACAUCGCCGUCAAGGUCGCCGGCAUCGACUGCGACGGCAUCCUCCGCGGCAAGGUAAUGCACAAGGACAAAUUCCUAGGCAUUGCAGAGAAAGGCUUUGGUUUCAGUUCCGCCGUCUUUGGCUGGGAUAUGCAGGACGUCCUGUAUACGAAUGAUGCCAAAAUCACCAGUCCCGAGGCAGGGUACGUUGACUUUAUUGCGGUUCCUGACCUGAACACCUUCCGGCGCAUUCCCUGGGAAGACAACAUUCCAUUCUUUCUCGUCCGGUUCAUUCAAAAUGGGGACGAAGUUGUUGCAGAUGGUCGCAAUAUGUUGAAGGAGAUCUCACACAAACUGGAGGCUGCAAAUUGCCAGGCGUUUGCCGGAGUGGAACUUGAAUUCAUGAACUUCCAGACUCCAUCGCAGGAUGGCUAUGGAGACAUCAACGGACAGGUCCAUGAUCUGGCUGCGUUCCUGGAGAAUAAUCCUCCUCGAGCCCUGCGGCCGAUCACCUCAGGCAGCUUCUCCUACAGCGCAACACGGCCGGUCGCAUUCAAGGAAUACUUCUAUGAUAUUUUCAACACGAGCUGUCGAUUCAACUGCCCUAUUGAAGGAUGGCAUACAGAGGGUGGGCCGGGUGUCUAUGAAGCUGCCCUGAAAGUAUCACCAGUAAACGAAAUGGCCGAUAAAGCAGCACUCUUCAAGCUCCUGGCAAAAUCAAUUGGUAUUAAACACGGCAUCACGCCCUGUUUCAUGGCAAAGCCAAUACAAGGCCAACCCGGCAGCUCAGGCCACAUCCACAUCUCUCUCUGCUCCCCAGAAGGAAAGAAUCUCUUUGCCCGAGAAGCUCAAGACCCGAAUGCCCCCUGGCCCGACGCCGCAGCAGUAUCAGAUCUAGGUAGACACUUCCUCGCAGGCCUUUUAGAGGCACUGCCCGAUAUCAUGCCGCUAUUCGCACCGACUGUCAACUCAUACAAGCGCCUCGUCGAGAACUACUGGGCCCCGAUCAAUAUCAGCUGGGGAUUAGAGGACCGCACAGCAUCGAUCCGGGUGAUCGCGCCGCCGGUGUGCAAGCCAGGAGCUACGCGCUUUGAGAUCCGGAUUCCCGGCGCAGACCUGCAUCCCCACUACGCACUCGCUGCGAUUCUAGCUGCUGGAUGGCGGGGUGUUCAGAAGAAGGUUCCAAUAAACGUGCCGCCCCUAUCAGCCAUUACGGCGGACAUGCUACGGCCAGAGUUACUGCCGAAUACGCUGGAGCUGGCGCUGAAACGGUUCGGUGCGGAAGGAAGCAUUGCGCGGGAGAUUUUAAAGGACGAAUUCGUGGACUUUUUUGUGGCUACGCGGGAGCAUGAGUUGCGUGUAUGGCGUGAGGCUGUGACGGACUGGGAGUUUAAGCGGUAUAUUGAGACCGUAUAG